AUGUUCAAGGUAACUAACAACCUUGUGGGAAUAUACAAUAACCUAACUGGAUUGAGCUACAAAAAGUUCUCAGUUAAGUUCAACAUUUGCAGCAACACAUACCCUAAUGUAAUAAGUGAAACAAAACCAAUCACACUUACUAAAAUCGUUCAGAUACUUUCUAAAAGCCGCACUGAGGUGAAUUGCCAUCGUCUUAUUAACUGUCUGAUAAAAAUGUAUAAACCUGAGGUGCGUUCUGAUGUUGCGUCUAUCAGCAGUGUCGAUAGCUUGGAAAUUUUUCACACUUUAACAAAGCAUAUUACUCCACCUGGCUCUUCAGUAUCAAAACAAGUAGAUAUAAACAAGCGCCGAGAAGCGUUCAUAGAAAAUAGAAAAGCUAAAAUGAAACAGGCACAAAGUCUCAUAGAAACGAAAAAUGGGCGAAACAAGAUCACGGAAGUGUGUAAUCAACAAAAUUCAGAUUCAGAAAUACCUUAUGUUUCGCUCGUUACCAAUGAAUGCAUUUUGGAGAAUUUAUACAACGAUGAUGAGAAUAUGAAUAGUAUACUUCAAAGCGAGGAGAUAUAUAUUGAAAUUUUAUUAGAUAUAGUUGCAAAUAUAUCGCCGAAAUUAUUAGGAUCGAAGGGAGUCAAAAAACUUAAAUCGGGUAGGUUACAAGCCAGCAAGAGAGCAGCUCAGAAAGUCACUGAAUAUUACCAGAAUAUUCUGUGGGGUGACGUCGGAAAUUGUCUGGAGCACAUUGUUCUAUGGUGGUCCUGCUAUCCUCUCGCAACCAGGUCUCCAUGCACAAGUCAGAAUCUUAGACAAUGGUUGUUUUCUACAUUUAAUGUGAACAAUACGCCAGAAUUAAUAUUAGCUGCUUUGAGAAUUUUGGCUGAUGCUCUUGGAUGUCAUGUAACUUCCACGUCAUGGGACAAGCAUUUUGGGGCAACACUAACGACGAACCUAAAUGCGACUUCUCUAAAAGAUUAUUCUGAUUUAUCAAUCACCAUACAUGUUGCAAGUCAAACAGGUGCAAGCUUCGCAUUAAUGUUACAAGAGCUGGUAACACUGAACAACCACUGCGAGGUAACCUGGGAGUACAUUUUGGGUGCGCCGCUUGAAGACCUUCCUAUAGUAGAACAAAUUCCAAUUUUACAUAGACUAGAUCAUUCCGUUCACACGUAUCGUCUCUGGUGUCUGAGCGAGACCCGUCGGCUCGUCAGCUCCUGGUCAAUGGACGACUUCUUCCGCGUGGCUCACAACGACAUGGUCGUCUGCUUGGAACAGUUGGACAAUCUACGAUUUGCUGACCACACGCCCACUAUUGAAUCAGGAAAUAUAGGGGUCCAUGAAAAUGUUUGUGCUAAGAUGCGCGAAAAAUUAGUAUCGGAAGUGAAAGUUAACGUACAAAAGUUGAAGGAGGCGACAGACGACAUAACAUCAGUUCUGUCGUCGGUGUGCGGGACCACGAGUCUGGCACAUUUGACGAUGAUAUUCCCCACGCACGCCGCCUGGAGAUCAGUUAGCGAGCCGCUCACAGAACACUCACUCUACGUUCAUACGUUCUUAGAUAAAAUGCUUCUUCCCGUUAUCAAAGCAACUGAAGAUAUAACUACAUUGAACAUGGUCCUGAGAAUAAUGUGUGAAUCCUGGUUGCAUCAUAUAUAUGUAGCUAAAGUUAAAUUUACUAAAGAAGGUGCGGUACAACUCCUGGCAGAUUUCAAUGAAGUUCGGAACUGGCUCAGAGAAUGUGGAUUCGUGUCCGAUAGCAACAAGAAACAAAUGUUGAACAAUGAAGUUUUGAGGCGAUGCGAAGGGGUGGGAAGACUGCUGCUGCAUGCGCCCGGGGAUCUUAUAUCGAUGCAGGACUCUACUAUGCAUUCAGAUAAAAUACGAAGAGAUGAAAUAGACUGCCAGGAACAAUUAAUGCCUGCGGAGAUGUACGUACCGAAUCAAAAACAAUGGCUGACUCUACGUGCAAACAAAAUAACUGGCCCCGUAGCGUUUUCUCUAUGCUGUUUAGUUUUAUAAACAAAAUUAAUAAGCAUGCAAAUCUACCCCCGCAACAAAACAAGUCGGCUUUAGGUUAAUGGCAGGGUUCAUAUUCAAUUUUUUUUUAUAAUAAGUGAGGUUAUGAGGCAAUUUUAAGGGUAGGGACCUGUCUACUCUCUGGCUCCGUGUAGAUCUUGAGGACUACAUCCGCAUCUAUACGUGUGUCUACACGUUGGGUCUCGUACCACAGACUACGCAGGGCGUUCUGUGAAUAAUUUUGCAUUGGCGUAUGGUCUGUCCCAAGUGGUUGAGUCGGCAACGCGGCUCCCCGAUCUGUCGACGCCCCUCUCAGAACGUCUGACCAUUGCCUAGUUAGGAGUGCUGUGGCUAUACAGAUUGGGUUAGUAUGCGUUCCUUUUUUGCAUCCUACUCUUGGGGCAAGAUUUGUUUGUCUUUGGAUGAUCCCAGUGCCUGCGCCGUUGCAAUAGACGAUGUGAUACUACAGGGCUUGGAUAUUUUUUACCAAGCUCUCAAGUGGCAGAUCACAGCCCUUUUUGCCAGGGUUUGAGAAGCUGGACUUUAAGGACUCAUGGAGAGCAUAAAUAACCGCCAGCCUUCUAGGAAUACCAAGAUAUGCCUAGAAGGUCACCAGUUGAUCAAUGACGUACAGUACGGCUUUCGCCAUGGUCAGUUGGCAGGCAGAUGGGCAGCGGUUAUCGAAAGCAAGGGCUAGCAGGUUAGCCUGGAUAUAGCGCAGGUCUUUGAUCUUGAAUGGCGCAUUGCGCUUCUCUCAAAAUUUCCAUCAUUUGGGCUUCUCUACAGUUUCUCCAAAUGGACCUCCUACAAGUGGAAGUGCCCAUUGUGGAGCUUCCACACUGGUCGUUGUCGACGAUUAUUGCUCGAACCCGAAGCCCGUGAACACUGGAGUGCCCCAAUGUUGUGUGUUAUCUCCUACACUGUUUCUUCUGCAUAUCAAUCACAUGUUGAACAUCUCUAAGAUACAUCGCUAUGCAAACGACAGCACUGGUGAUGCCAGAAAUCGUCGGCCAAUGCUCCCGGUUCACGAAACUUGUGUCUUCUAUCGAGUCCUCUCUUGGGAAGGUCGCGGAAUAGGGAAAAUUGAAGCUUUUCAAAUUAAAUCCCAGAAGACUCAAGUUUCCGCGUUUACCAAUAAUAAAAAACCAUUUGUCGUAUCACCACUCUUCGAAAACACUUCCCUUAAAUACUGGGUCUCGAAAUCUCGAGCGAUUGCGAAUUCCGCGGUCAUCUGGAGGGCAAAGCCAAAUUGGCUUCAAAGAUGAGCGUUAUAAAUAGAGCACGGCAGUAGUUCAAGCCGGCCCACAUUCUAGCGCUCUACAAAGCGCAGGUCCGGCCAAAUUAUUGGAGUAUUGCUGUCAUCUCUGGUCUGGCGCACCCCAGUAUCAGCUCGAUCUAUUUGACCGCGUGCACCGCAGAUCAGCUCCAAAUUUGUUGGGGACCCAGUGCUCUGUGACCGGCUGGAUCACUAGGCAUUGCUUAGAGACAUCGCUUCACUUUGUCUUCUACCGCAUUUAUCAGGAGGAGUUGCGGAGGAGUGCGGUUUUCAAGGAGCUUUCUUCCACGUACUACAAAGUCGUGGAAUGAGCUUUCUUGUGUGGUGUGGUGUUUCCGGGAAGACACGACAUAUCCUUAAAGGCCGGCAACGCUCCUGUGAUUCCUUUGGUGUUGCAAGAGAAUGUGAGUGGCGGUGAUCAUUUAACACCAGGUACGCUCGUUUGUCUUCCUUUUCCGUAGAAAGAAAG